UUUAUCUUACAUUUCAUGUGUCAGCAUCGUACCUAAAGGUUGUUCUGAACAAUGAAACAGCAUAGCCGAUUGCCCAUCCUGGUCUUAUUGUUCUGCAUCUUAACUAUUUUUGCAGAACCAGACACCCGUGAUCCAUGCAAAGUAACAAGGUGCAGCGCUGAUGGACCAGACAUUCGAUUCCCCUUUAGACUCAAAGGAAAACAGCCAGCACGGUGUGCAUAUAAUCCGCACUUUGAUCUUUACUGUACUGAAACAAACCAGACCGUGGUCGAGCUGCCUUUCUCAGUCAAGGUUAUCAUACAAGACGUAGACUAUAAAAAGCAAUUCUUUGACAUGUCAGAGCCUGAUGGAUGCCUUGCUCAUCUCAAUUUAUCUGCAUCUCCUUUUCGGUCAAAUGAUUAUUAUGAAUCAAGCCGAAAUGCGUUAUUCAAUUGCUCAGGGACAUCUCGUAGAAGUUCAAAAUUUCGACAAUGGGGGAACUUUUCUUGCCUCGAUGUUGCUGGCUAUGAAGUUUUAGCUAUACCAUAUGGAGAGGCAAUCUUGGACUAUCCUCUUCUAUCUUGCACAAGAAUUCCUAGUUAUGCAUCAGUGCCCAAUUCAUUUUACAAUUACGAUAAGCUUGCAUAUCUAUCUUGGCUCAAACCAAAUUGCACUAAAUGUGAAGAAGAUGGAGGGCAGUGUAAAUUGACAGAAAACAAAGUUGAACGUGAACCUGAAUGUUUCCAAAACCCUCAUACAGGUCCAUCAAAAAAGAUAGUACUCACUGGUGAAAUCCUAGGCCCGUUCCUGCUCAUGUUUGUUGGGUUUGUUGUUUAUUGGGUUACUGUAGCUAGCCUAGAGAGGCAGGGUUACAAAAAAAUUAAACUGUUUUUGGAGGAUUACAAAGCACUUAGGCCGGCUAGAUACUCGUAUGCAGAUAUAAAGAGGAUCACUAAUCAGUUCAAGGAUGAACUUGGACAAGGAGCUUACGGAACUGUCUUUAAAGGGAAGCUAUCUAAUGAGAUUCUGGUGGCUAUCAAGCUUCUCAACACUUCAACUGGGAAUGGACAAGAGUUCAUCAAUGAAAUGGAGACCAUGUGUCAAAUUCACCAUGUCAAUGUGGCUCGCUUGGUUGGCUACUGUGCGGAUGGUUUCAAACGAGCUUUGGUUUAUGAAUUUUUACCCAAUGGUUCAUUGCAAAAAUUCAUAACUUCAGCUGAUAGAAAGGAUAUUUUCCUGGGUUGGGAAAAGCUUCAAGAUAUUGCUUUGGGCAUAGCCAAAGGAAUUGAGUAUCUUCAUGAAGAUUGUGACAAACGGAUCCUCCACUUUGAUAUCAAACCUCACAACAUUCUGUUAGAUGACAAAUUCACUCCAAAAAUAUCUAAUUUCGGUUUGGCCAAACUCUGUUCUAAGGAUCAAAGCAUUGUGUCAAUGACAACAGCUAGGGGCACUUUGGGCUAUAUUGCACCGGAAAUAUUUUCUCGGAACUUUGGCAAUGUGUCUUAUAAAUCAGAUGUUUAUAGCUAUGGAAUGUUACUGCUUGAAAUGGUUGGAGGAAGGAAAAUCACAGAUGUCACAGAAGAAAAUGGCGAGCAAGUUUACUACCCACAAUGGAUUUAUAAUCUUCUAGAGAACAAUGAAGACAUACAAAUCCAUGUGGAAGGAGAGGAGGACACUAAAAUUGCAAGGAAGCUAUCCAUUAUUGGACUUUGGUGCAUUCAGUGGCAUCCAGCAAACCGUCCAACCAUGAAAAAUGUGGUUCAAAUGCUGGAAGGGGACGAUGAAAAGCUAAUCAUGCCUCCUAAUCCUUUUGGUUCUUCAUAUGCAAUUAGAACAAGAGCUGCUAAUGGAGUAAGGCGAUUGCAACCAGAGUUAUCUACCAUUUCAGAAAUAGAGUGAAGUUGAGAUGGUUAUAAUGAGCUGUGUUAGAUAUAAAUUUGUGUUUAGCUUGGUAGUCUUUCCUUCUUGUGUAUAAAGUUCAAAAUAGGAUCACAGAUAGUUAUCCAUGAAAGAAUUUCUAAACAAUUAUAAAUAUGUAAGUUCUACGUUUUUGCCAGUGGCUAUAA